CCGCCCCCCUCCACACCCCGCCCCCCAACCCCAGGCCAUCCCGCCCGCAGUCCUCAUUGGGCUCGCUGGGUGGGGGAGGGAGGCGGGGAUCCCGCUAGCUCGCUUCCCCUCUGAGCCCCAUGGGUUUAAAGAACUAGGUGGUCGUCCCGGCAUUCUUGUCUGACCUUUAACCUUGGAGCGGGAGCGCCGUUCUCGUGCACGCGCGGCGACCGUUGGCCGGGGUGGCGGUGUGGCGGCGUUGCUGGGUGAGGACGUGGCUGCGGACCUUCGCCCAAGGGCCGGCUGCGGGCUGCUGGCGAGGGCCGAGGGGGCCGCGGAGAUGACUGGACGGGCGGCAGGGGCGGGCGGGCCGGGAGCCGGGGGAGGCGGGUCCGGGCGUCCCUGGGGCUCCCGGCAGAUUGCAGGUUCCUCCCGAGAACCAAGGGCCACACCCGCCGCACGGGAGGAAGGCCCCCCUCCCCCGGCCCCCCACACCUGGAGUGUGGGUUACUGUGGCCUCUGCCCUGUGGCGUGGAUCAAGCUCCAGGAGAUGCGCCUUUCAGGGGUGGUUUGCAACUUCAUCUGUAACGUUAUACUCAUGAUGCUCUGUGCAUUUACAAUGUAUUACAUAAUAAAGACGUGGUCGCUUUUAGGGGAAAUGUCUGAAAAACUGAGAAGAUGCAGAAAGGAGCUGACUGCAGCCAUUGACCGAGCCUUUGAAGGUGUCAGUCAUUCCCAGGAGUGCUCAGACCAGCAGAGGCUGGAGCAGGAUACCGCGCCGCCGCUCUCCUUCCCCCUCCCUGUGCACCGGCUCCUCUGCAGGAGGCACCCGCUGGCAGCCUGCUCCUCCUCCCCGGCUCCUUUUGCUCCAGUCCCUUGUGCUUCUGAGACAGAGAGCCCUGCCUUUGCUCCAAACCAUGCCCCAAUGAAUGCAAAGCCACAUGCUUUAUGCGCGAAAAGAAAACCUCUGACCAGUAAGGAAAACGUAUUGCUGCAUUCCUCCGUUUGGGCACCCGAAAGACAGUUUUGGAGAGCUGCGGGAGAUGGGGAGAACUGGAGAAAAGACAGCCUAAGGAAAGAUAUGGAGAAAGAUUUGAAGGUUGACUCAAACAUGCCACUCAGCAAUUCUAGCCAAGAGGUCACAAAGGAUCUGCUUGAUAUGAUCGACCAUGCAAGCAUCCGAGCUAUUGAAGAACUGGCUGGGAAGCUAGAAUUUGAAAAUGCGCUGAGCCGUGUGUGUGGCCACUGCGGAGGCUCGCCCUUCAGGGAGGAGGCCUGGGCUCUGCUCUCCGAUGAGAGCCCUCAGAAGGCCUCAGAUGCAGAGCCUGGCAGCCUCAAGCAGGCUUUUGAUGAUCACAGUAUCGUCGAGACUGUGCUGGACUUGGAAGAGGACUACAAUUUGAUGGCCUCUUUUAAAUACCAAAUUGAGUAAGGACGGCUUUGGUUCUUUCCAGCAGGAGGCUGUCUCUCAGGCAGUGAUCAGUGUCACUGUGGGCUGGCAGAAUCUGGGUUACCACACCCUCUUUAACUUCUAGUUGUGUCCCUUUUUGAUCUGAAAGCCCCCCUUUUUUUUUUCUGUUGCUUUGAAAUGUUUCUUACUGUUGACUUGUUUUUCACUUUUCUUGACAUCUCAAAUGUGUCUUUGAUUGACGUUGAAUACAUCCGGUACCCAAGGCGGGUAUGGGUUGUGGGCCUCUGCUGUGUCUCCUGGUAUUAUUUUCCCAUGGGCCCCUGAAUAAGUAAGUACUGGGGCCACAACCAGGGUGAGCUUUGAGCAUCCCCUGGGACCAGCCCUCAGGCCAGCACAGCCUACACAGACUUGUGGCCCCAGGCCCUCUGCCACCCUUGCACACUUUCCACACAGGGCUGCCUGUUCUCUGCAUGGGCUCCAUGCUCUCCUUCUGUCUAGACCAACCUCUCAUCAGUGCCCCCCAGCCCUGCCCCUGUUCAGCUUGAAGGCCUCUACAGAGACCUCAUGGUUAUGUUGGAGAGGCUGGUCCCCUCCCGACAGGACAUUCCCAUGAGGCCUCCCCACCACACUCUGCACAUCAGACCUCUGGGCCCUCAGCCAAGGGCAAUGGGAUGAAAAGGUAAGCAUAGGUCCUGCCCAUGGGCCAAUGCCCCACCUUCAUGCAUCCCACUCCAGGCUUGGAGACCCUGGAGGCCACAGAGAAUCCCUGUAGCAAUGACCCUGCUAGGGCAAGAUGGGCAGGGAGUGAAGGAGGAGCCAGCCCACUGCUCCUCUGAGGUCAGCAUAGCAGCAAAAGCCUAACAGGGCUGGCACUAGCCACACUCCUGGAAAGAAAGGACAAGGACAUCAUCAGAAAUUAUUUUGGCAGAUGUCUUAAAACCAUGAUGUUCUUUUGGGACACAUAAGCUAUUGGGCAAGAUUUGAUGCCCAGAAACUGAGUCUCAGGGAAGUGCCUGCCUUCUGGGCUCAUAUGGGAAGGAUGGGGAUGAGGAGGCUGGCACAGGGGCUGUUGUAAGACCCAAAGCCCAAACAACCCAGAGAACCGGGAAGGAAGGCCCGUGGCCAAGGGCCCCCCUCUGACAGGCCAUCUUUUAGGCUAGAGACCUCAGCAUAGGGCAGGCUGCAGAGCUGGUGACACAGGUCUGGUGAUUCCUGCGAGCUCUCAGGUGGAGACUGCAUGCCCACCCCUUAGCAGAGCAAAUGGCACCACUAGCCUCUGGCCACUUCAUGAGAUGGGCCUCCCCUGCCAAGGCAGCCACCACCACUGCCCCGCGGGGGGCAGAGGGCAGGACAAGGUUAACCAGAGGACAUUCAGUCCCUGUAGGGAAUGGCACCCUCAAUAAGCACUCACCGCUUGUGGAGUUAGGGACCAGUUUCUUCUCCCUUAGCCAAAAGGACAGGAGCAAAUGAAAAUAAUGCUCACAGCAUCCUCAGCUGUACUGCUCAGGUGAAGAACGGCUGUGUGCAUGGAGAGAGGUCUACUUGGGAUCCAAAAAAGCCAGGGCUCAACACAGUGUAGUUCAGAUAUGAAGUGUUGAUGUGGAUUGUCUCCCAUAGAGAAGGCGGAGCUUAAUCCACUCUGUUUCCCAUCACUACCCCUUGAGGCCAGGCUAGACUCAGUGAGUCCCUUCCAAGGAACAGAGCAGGGAAAAAGAAAAACAGAUUUCUAUGCAGAAGCCUGACAGCACUUAAGCACGUGAUGAAGGUGACACCACCAGUGACGUCAUGUGGCUGACCCUUCCACCCCCACAGGGAGCAAUGAGAAGGGUGCUCCACCUCUACCGUGUUCUUACCAAAGCCCCUCAUCCCCAGUCUAAUCAUACACUAAAUGUCAGACAAACCCAGACUGGGGCACGUUCUGCAGGAUGCCUGGCCAGCACUCCAGAUUGUCAAGGUCAUGAAGAACAAGGAAAGACUUGAAACCUGUCACAGACCAGUGAAGACACUCUGACUACAACACAGUGUGGUAUCCCGGAUUACAUCCUGGAACAGAAAGAAGACAUUAAUGGAAAAACUGGGGAAGUCUAAAUAAAGGCUGGAGUUCAUGUAUUAGUUUCUUAGCUUUGACAAAUAUGCCUCAGUUAUGUAAGGUGUUAACAUUAGGGGAAACUGGGUGAAGGGUAGAUAGAAACUGUCUUUGCAACUUUCCUGUAAAUCUAAAGUUAUUCCAAAACUUAAAAUGUAUUUAUUUUUUGAAAGUGCAAUUGAUCCCAAGUUUGUAUAAAUGUGUGCGAGCACAGCAUAUACAGGACAUUGUUAUGGAA